AUGUCGGAUCUUCCUUCUCAUUUCGAUGCCACCCUAUCCGAGAGGGAGACGUCAUCCGAUUUCAUACCGAAUCCUGAUGCGAUAGAGUACCGGUUUGGAUCUUCGGACACAUUGGUUGCACAGCUUGUUAAAGAAUUACCCGUCACCAUUACUGUUGAAAAAGGCCAUGUUUGCAAGCACAAGGAUCAGUCGUACGGCGUUGGAUUCAAAGUCAACUCUGUAGAGUCAGGAGUCUUCCAGAUUCAAGUCUACGAUCGAUCCUUUGAUAUCGAGCUCGAUGCACUGGGGGCUUCCUGGACAGGGAGGUGGGUGCUUUUCCGACACUGGCAUUGGAUUCGACUACUCCGGGCUUUCUUGGCGCACCGAGAGGUCGCAGGGUUUCACGUGGAGUAUGAAGGGCGAGGUUGGUAUAUCAUUCGAGGCAGUUGUUGUUUCCAUGCCACCAAGGUGUCCAGGGCAGAACUGGAGGAGUGUUGGCCACGUGAGCCCGCCAUCCCAAGAAAGUCAAGCUACGUGGUGGCAAGGAAAAGUACUUUCUUUUCUAGCAGCUUUUCACAUGAUACACUUUAUUCACGUACGGAUCGCUCGGCAUUCGCACCUGAGGGCAAUUAG